AUGGCAACGGCUGUAAAUGGCUUCAAAAAAUGUGAGUUUUGGCCAUACGAUCCAACAGUAUUUUCCGAUACUGAUUUUUCUCCAUCAUUGAUGACAGAUAUUCCACAAACAGAGAGAUUAUCCAUCACUGAAGCAUUGCCACAAACCACUACGUCGGGCAACAGAGCAACAGUUCCAACAAUAUCUGCAAUUGACGAACCGCUGAUAUGCCGCAUGUCUAUUGUUAUGACACCAUCUGAGAUUGAAGCAGAGCCUGAGCCAGGAUGCUCCACUUGGAUGAACAGUAUUGAAAUAGAUCAAAGGCCAACUACUCCACCAUCAGUAUUUUCUGUUGUUAGUCCUCAGCAAGUGAUGCCUUAUCCUGUAACUCGCAAAAUUUCACGCGUGACAAGGAAACGAGGUAAAACGGCUAUCAUAACUACUUCCACGUAUAAAAAUGAGUUAGAAGAAACAAUGAAAAAAAAAAGAAACUGGCAGAAGAUAACAAAAAGAAAAAAGACAGGUGUAAGACCAAAAAAAAAUAAGAAACCCGAAUUAGCUGAGAAAAAGAAUAGGAAGAAAACCAACAAUUAUCCUAAUUCCUCACCAGAAUGUGACAACGAAGAAGAUAAUAUCCCUUGUUUUUACUGCUAUGGAAAAUACUUGGAUUCUAAUGAAGGAUGGGCUGCAUGUUCUCUCUGUGGGAAUUGGGCACACUGUAGCUGUGCUGGAAUAGAUGACGAGGACGAUGAGGCAAUAUUUGUUUGCGAGUUUUGCGAUCAAAUUUAG